AUGGGUGCGGUAGGGCAUGUAUCAUAUUGUAUUAUCUAUAAUGUUCUAGUUGUCGUUAUAACACUGGUGACAGAAACGUACGCAUAUGCUGCAAACGAAGAACUGGGCACAGUUUUCAUUCCUGGUGCGGCUUUCUCGCAAAUGGACGUGGCCAAAUUGGAUAGCGAUAUGGCAGUGGGUGACUCCGUCAUAGUCUCCGUUCGUUCGCAAGCACCGAGACGUGGCUGUAAUUGGAUUGCUUUAACAGCCAGCAAAUUAAGCCCAUUGAAUUUCCCUCCAACUGUCGAUAAUAACGUCAAUCAUAUCAGAAUUCAACGAGGUAGAGUCAUUUAUCGGAGUGAUUGUCUUCAUAUUGUGCUUCCCAGAUGGACAGUUCAGUUGGUCAAACAUUCUGGUGUUCUUAAAUUCGCGGCUUGCAUAUAA